AGCAAUUUUUGGGAUAUAAGGAAGAGGUAUAGUAGGAUAGUUCGGAAUCUAGGCUAGUAGAUCAAUGCUUGGUGGUCUAUUGUACUAGUCUAAAUAUAAUGAUUUGCACAGAUUUUCAUUGUCUAAUUUAUAUAAAAAAAUUAAUGAGACAGCACCAAGGUCGUUUUAUUCUAGUCUUAACUGUUUUUCUAUUUAAAAAUAAAAUAUUCUUCUUCCAACAAUAAUGGGAUCUCUACUUUCUAUAAAUAAUUUAGUUAAGCAAAACUCCGAGCAUUAACAAAUUUUGAAGUUCCUCUAUUUUUUUACUUUAAAUAUAUUAACAAUAUUGUGAUUAAAAUUUCGACUAAAUUGGUUGAUGUCUAAUGACGUUUAAUCCACCUAGAAUGCAAUUUCUGACAGAAGUAGAGGUUAACAAAAUAAACUUUUCGAAUAUCAUUGUUAUGAAAAAUAACUUUUUUUAAUUUUUCACCGUUGUUUUAGCCUACAUUUUUAGGCGGGUGCCUUAAUUUUUUAUUGGCACAUUUUUUAUCACAAGAAAAAGGAACAAUAAGAGGGAUGAUUGGCAGAGCAGUUUUAUCAGCUCCAAAAUUCCAUAAAAAGAAUAUUGAGUUUAUUGUUGAUAUUCUUUUAACAAAUUAUUACUCUGCUAAACUUAUUUUUGAGACAGUAAAUGAUUGCCUUAAAAAAUCUUUAAUUCAUCAUAAACACACACUUGCACUAAUAAAUAGCAAUAUGAGAACACCUAUCCAUUUAUAAAAACAUAAUGUUCAUUAAUUAUUUUAAUUGCUCUUAUCAUUGAUAUCACUAUAUUCCCUUGUUUGCACGUGUACAGCUUAAUUAACUACUUUAUUAAAUGCAUUUAAUUUACUGAAACCGUGUUACGUUUAUAAAGGUUACGCAAUCUAAUGCUUUACCAGUAAAACGUUCUUCAUUCUGUGUGAAACAUCGGAGAAAAUUCACAACGUGCGUGUUGAACAAAGUGUUUUUACUUCGAGGCUUAUUACGUUUUUCUAAAAUAUUUUAUAACAUAAGGAUCUGUAAUGUGUAAUUUGCAUCCAUAUUUUGCCAAACGCAUCAAUUAGUAACAUAAUAAGCGAAAAUGAAGAAAGAUAUACAUGUACAAGUGAAAGACAACUCGCCGUCGAUUGAACGUAUCUUACGUCCAAUAUCAUACACUUCUUGGCUCUUAGGCGUUGGUGUUGCACAUCCGCGAAAGUGUCCCAAGAUUAUAACAAUAAUCAUACGUAUAAUUCAUAUAUUUCUGUGUUCCGUUAGCGUGACGUAUGACGCAAUAUAUUUCUUCCCUUAUGUUCAGAAGUUAGACAUAUUCGACUCCAUAUAUUGUUUAAGUAAAGUGAUGUGCUAUGUGUCAACCUAUUAUUACAUUUAUCACGGAAUCGGGCAGUACAACAAGUGGCCAGAACUAAUGGACAGAUUGGAGGAACUCGAUCAGAAGAUCAGGAAGGAAAUAUCCAUGAAUGACCGGUCUAUAAAAAUUGUUGAAACGCUAGCAAUUUUUGCGACGUUCAUUUCCUGUCCUUUGAUACUGAUCAUUCACGUUUUAUAUCGUCACUUACAAACAGUUCCAAUAUAUGACAAUGACAUACCAGAUUUUAUGUUUUACUAUCUGUUAAGCCAAUCGUUGAUUUAUAGUUUUGUCUUCGACGUUAUCGUUUAUGUGUUAUAUUGUAGAUUUCAAGCAAUAAAUAAAUUGAUCGGUCAGUUAGACAAGUCAUCUGAUUUAUCAUGGGUCGCGUUCAAGAUUAGAGGCAUCAGAAAAUUGUAUAGUGGUAUUUGUGAUUUCGCCAGCAUGGUAAACGAUAUUCACGGAUCUUAUCUCCUUUUAUGCUCGGCAAAUUGCUUCAUCAUGGCUGUGGCUGCGCUAUUCCAAAGUUACAUUUUCGUCAUUGAAAGAGAUUACGAAUUUAUAUUGAUACAAAAUUUCUUCUGCAUUGCAUAUGUCACUCAAUUCUAUUUGAUUUGUUGGAUUUGUACGCUCGUGCGUCAAGAAUCCAAUAGGACCGGGAGAAUCAUAUACGAAAUUAUGUUGAAUUAUAAACCUGCAAAUCUGGAUAAUCAAGAGACGAGAAAUCAGUCGAGUCUAGAAAUGCGACCUUCACUGGAAAAUCUAGACGGCGAGCGAGAUUUCAAUAGAAGCAGCAGUCAUCAUUUGAAUUGUAACAUUAAGGAAAAUUCUUUAAGUGGAAAUCUGGAUCAAGAGUGUGUCGCAAAAGAAAUCAAUGAUUUUUCGAUUCAACUGCAACAGAAUCAAAUAGUAUUUACGGCCUGUGAUUUCUUUGAAAUAAACAACGCUUUGUUCAGAAGUUUUGUCGCGGUGAUCAUCAGUUAUCUAGUAAUCGUCGGACAACUUUAUCAACAACCUGAAGACUUAAGCACACUAAAGAAGCUUAUUUUAAAAAUGACAAAGAAAAACCAAACUGUUGUACCGGCGGGUGCAGCAAGAUAAAAUAUUCGGGAUUCGGUCCGUCUGAAGGGUUGAAACCCACGAAGAGAACAUUUGGAAGAGGACGCGCGGGGUGGCAAAUAACACUUUCACUUAACACUUUUAUUCCCUAAACUUUGUUAUAAAUAAUUUCCCUUUUUAAUAUAAUCGAAUCGCGGUGAACGGAUCACGUGUUAUCGCGCACUCGGCCGCUGGAUGUUUUGCGGGGUGUCGGGUGAUCGACUUAUCGCGGAGCGUGUACGUGCCGCUCGUACUUUACAUUAAGAAUCUCUUGCUGCCCAUUAUUAGACAGGCUAACUUAUAGUUUCGGUAUUUCCGAUAUGGUGGGGCAUUAGGCCCUCGCGAUAACCGUAUAUGGUCAUACUCGCGGUAAUCGAGCGAUGCUUACGCUGCUCGCAUGAUUGGUAAAUUCCGCAAUCUUGCAUUUCCAAUGCAACGAGCGCUCGUGGCGUGAUUGUUGCUAAGCGGAUAUGCAAGAUGAUUAAAGUAGCUAACGAGGCUACAACAAAACGUAUUCUCAGAAUUAACAAGUAAAAUUUUAAAUGAAGCGAGUAUGAGUGAGGCGUAAUUGAUACGCAGGAGUAAAAUAAAUUUCAAGAUAUCUUCUAGUUACAAUAGUGAAUUCUGAGACGUUUUUUGUCACUUUUAGCGGUAAUUCUUACAUAUAUAUGUCUCAUUAAUAUACUUAAUUGUAAAUAUUUAUUCUUUUCUUUUUUUAAUUUUUAUAUGUUUACAUUUUACACUAAUAUUUACUUACUGUGUCUCGUGUUCUUAUAUCUAUACCUUGUAAAAAUAAAUUAAAAGAUUAAGUUAGUAUUAAUAGGCUAAUAAGUAAUAAGUAACUUAGCAUGCAUUGUUCGCCUCUCGUAUACGGCAUUCUCCGCUUAUCAUUAGCGUUUCAAGCUUUGUAUCGCGGCCGUCUUUAAAUCAGCUCGUACCGACGACCGCAUGGUAAAUUUUCCGGCCGCGUUCGUGUAUAAAAAACGCAACACUGUUGCAAAGUACUAUCCGCUGUUUGCUCGAGAAUAUAAUUGUUAUUUUCCCCGUUAA